GAUGGCACGAUUCUGCACGACAGUAUCCUCCUGGGCGAACCUGCGGAAAUGCAACUGGUGCUUCUGGAUUUUGUUGAAGCUUCCGAUGACCAAGCGCUGGAGCUACAAGCAGCUGCAAGGCGCAAUAACGUCCCAAAGGUGGAGGACCUGUUACAGAAACCUCUGAACCCCGACCCAGAAGGUCGCCAGACCCCCCUGGUGAAAGCAGCCUACCACGGCCACACGGAAGUCGUACGCUUGUUGCUGGAGGCAAGAGCUAACAACGAUAAAGUCCGAUACGAUGGCUCAACUCCCCUGGUCGUGGCCUGCGCAAACGGCCAUUUCGAUGCCGCCCGGCUGCUGCUGGAGGGAGGUGCAGACAAGGACAAAGCAGGACCCAGUGGCGGAACCCCUCUGUUCCUCGCCUGUCAGAAUGGACACUUACAAAUCGUCUUGUCAUUGCUUCAGGCCAAAGCCAACAAGGAUGCCGCCCGUGACAAUGGAUCCACCCCUUUGAUAAUUGCUUGCCAGCAGGGCCAUGUUGAAGUCGUUCGCACGCUGCUGGAGAUCCAGGCAGAUGUAAACAAGGCCUGCAGUGGAGGAAUGACACCCCUACACGUGGCAUGUGAGCAGGGAGGUCUGCAAAUCGCCAGGGCAUCUCGGGCAGUUCUGAGGGCUGGCGGUGAUGAUGCUGGCCCCAUCGAACGACUUCAGCUCGCUUAUCAGCUUCGCCGUUUGGCCGUCGUUCGCUUAUUGCUGAAGGCUGGCGCUGACGUGGAUAAGGCCCCUACUGCUACCGGCUACACGCCUUUGUUCAGGGCAUGCGAGCAGGGCCAUGUGGAGAUUGCGCGGAUGUUGCUGGAGGCCGGCGCAGACGACAGCAAGCCAACGGAUGAUGGCUCCAGCCCUUUGCUAGCGGCCUGUGCUCAUGGCCAUUUGCAUGUAAUUCAGCUCUUGCUGGUUGCUGGUGCAGACAUGAAGCUUGGUCGCCACAACGGUGACACCCCAUUGGCCAUCGCUUCUCGCCACGGCCAUCUUGAGAUAGUCCAGAAGCUUGCAGAGGAGCAGCCCUACAAGAAGGCAAAGCUCUCUUGA